UUUCUAAUCUGGUCUUUGCUCAAUUACUAUUUAGCCAUAAAGGAGUAGAGAGCAGCAAAUUGUGUGUCAGUAUUGCUUUCCCCAUCCCCAUAGGUUGAGCUCCUUAUUUACACUCACACUAAAAUUUGUUGCACGUGGGUGGCAAGCACUCUUCUGGAACACUAGGCAAUAAUUUAGUCUGUAAGGCCAGAUAGGAUUUUCAGCUGAUACUCAGUUGAAACUUUUAUCCUCUUGCUGCAUAGGUAUUUUGAUAUGCUUAUGUAAUGAAGCUGUCUUCAUUUCCAGGCUUAGAAGGGUCACUACUACGUGAUAUCUGCAUUGAUCUACCUACUCUGCUUGGAACUUUUCAUAGCUAACUAUACCCCUACAUGCAUGGAUCCUGGGCCAGUGAAUGCAAGGAAUCAGGUACAGCUGUUCCCACUAUAAGGCCAAGAACAAGGAGACGGGUGCCUUGGCUGCUGCCAAAGUAAUUGAGACCAAGAGUGAGGAGGAGCUGGAGGACUACAUUGUAGAGAUUGAGAUCCUGGCCACCUGUGACCACCCCUACAUCGUGAAGCUGCUGGGAGCCUACUACUUUGAUGCGAAGCUGUGGAUCAUCAUCGAGUUCUGCCCCGGGGGAGCUGUGGAUGCCAUCAUGCUGGAGCUGGACAGAGGCCUCACUGAGCCCCAGAUUCAGGUUGUAUGCCGCCAGAUGCUGGAAGCCCUCCAUUUCUUGCACAGCAAGAAGAUUAUCCACCGGGACCUGAAGGCUGGCAAUGUGCUGAUGACCCUGGAGGGAGAUAUCAGGCUGGCUGACUUUGGUGUGUCCGCCAAGAAUCUGAAAACUCUGCAAAAACGAGAUUCCUUCAUAGGAACGCCUUAUUGGAUGGCCCCGGAGGUGGUGAUGUGUGAGACCAUGAAGGACACCCCGUAUGACUACAAAGCCGACAUCUGGUCCCUUGGUAUCACGCUGAUUGAGAUGGCCCAGAUUGAGCCCCCUCACCAUGAGCUCAACCCCAUGAGGGUCCUGCUCAAGAUCGCCAAGUCGGACCCACCCACACUGCUCUCACCUUCUAAGUGGUCCACGGAGUUCAAAGACUUCCUGAAGACAGCCCUGGACAAGAACCCAGACACCCGGCCCAGCGCUGCACAGCUCCUGGAGCAUCCCUUCGUCAGCAGUGUCACCAGUAACAAGGCUCUGCGGGAGCUGGUGGCUGAGGCCAAGGCUGAAGUGAUGGAGGAGAUCGAAGACGGCCGGGAUGAAGGGGAAGAGGAAGACUCUGUGGAUGCUGCCCCGCCUCUCGAGAACCAUACUCACAACUCCUCUGAGGUGAGUCAGCUGAGCCUCAACACAGACAAGGAAUCAUCUUCCACUCCGCAGCCACCCAGCCAGCCUCAGACCAGUGUGAAUGGGCCUAGCCAGCCCUCUGGGGAUAGAGCCCUCCAAACCACCAGCCCCCCAGCUGUGGCUCCUGCAAAUGAGAAUGGCCCUGUGGUGCCUGCGCCCAUCCGGAGGUCCCGACCCCUGUCAAUGGAUGCCAGAAUUCAGGUCACUCCGGAGAAGCAACUCAUUGACCAGGGUGGGGACCUCACUCCAGCAGCCAUCAGGCCCCAAAAGGCAAGCCAAAGCCGACCCAACAGCAGCGCCCUGGAAACCUUGAGCAGUGAAAAGCUGUCCAAUGGCAGCCUGGAACUCCCUGCCCAGUCUGCUGCAGAACCUUCUAAGAGGAACUCAGAUUGUGGCAACCUCUCCACCUCCGAGAGCAUGGACUACAGCACCUCCCUGUCAGCUGACCUGUCCCUGAACAAGGAGACAGGCUCCCUGUCCAUCAAGGACUCAAAGUUGUACAAAAAAACCCUCAAGAGGACACGCAAGUUUGUGGUGGACGGCGUAGAGGUGAGCAUCACCACCUCCAAGAUCAUCAGCGAGGAUGAGAAGAAGGACGAGGAGAUGAGAUUUCUCAGGCGCCAGGAACUCCGAGAGCUUCGACUGCUUCAGAAAGAAGAGCAUCGGAACCAGACUCAGCUGAGCAACAAGCAUGAACUGCAGUUGGAGCAGAUGCAAAAACGUUUUGAACAAGAAAUCAACGCCAAGAAGAAGUUCUUUGACACGGAGCUGGAGAACCUGGAGCGUCAGCAGAAGCAGCAGGUGGAGAAGAUGGAGCAGGACCACGCUGUGCGCCGCCGGGAGGAGACCAAGCGGAUCCGCCUGGAGCAGGAUCGAGAGUAUACCAGGUUCCAGGAGCAGCUCAAACUGAUGAAGAAGGAGGUAAAGAAUGAAGUGGAGAAGCUUCCCCGCCAGCAGCGGAAGGAGAGUAUGAAGCAGAAGAUGGAUGAGCAUGCUCAGAAAAAGCAGCUUCUGGACCGGGACUUCGUAGCCAAGCAGAAGGAGGACCUGGAGCAGGCGAUGAAGAGGAUCACCACUGACAACAGGCGGGAGAUCUGUGACAAGGAGCGUGAGUGCCUCACAAGGAAGCAGGAGCUCCUUCGAGACCGGGAGGCGGCCCUAUGGGAGAUGGAGGAGCAUCACCUACAAGAGAAGCAUCAGCUGGUGAAGCAGCAGCUCAAAGAUCAGUAUUUCCUGCAGCGGCAUGAGCUGGUGCGCAAGCACGAGAAGGAGCGGGAGCAGAUGCAGCGCUACAACCAGCGCAUGAUGGAGCAGCUGAAGGUGCGGCAGCAGCAGGAGAAGGCACGGCUGCCCAAGAUUCAGAGAAGCGAGGGUAAGACGCGCAUGGCCAUGUACAAGAAGAGCCUGCACAUCAACGGUGCACCCGCUGCUGAGCAGCGCGAGAAGAUCAAGCAGUUCUCCCAGCAGGAGGAGAAGAGGCAGAAGUCAGAGCGGCUGCAGCAACAGCAGAAACAUGAGAACCAGGUGCGGGACAUGGCGGCCCAGUGCGAGAGCAACAUGAGUGAGCUGCAGCAGCUGCAGAAUGAAAAGUGUCACCUCCUGGUAGAGCAUGAAACCCAGAAGUUGAAGGCUUUGGAUGAGUGCCAUAACCAGAACCUGAAGGAAUGGCGGGACCAGCUCCGGCCACGAAAAAAGGCUCUGGAAGAAGAUCUGAACCAGAAGAAGAGGGAGCAGGAGAUGUUCUUCAAACUGAAUGAGGAAACUGAGUGCCUAAACCCCAGCACCCCAAACAAGGCUGCCAAGUUCUUCCCCUACAGCUCUGCAGAUGCUUCUUAACAGCUACCCAAGACUGCCUCUGGGGUUUCCCAUUCUCUGUGAACAAGUAACUCAGGAUCCCCCUUUACUCUUGCUUCCAUGCCAACUCCCUGCCUCAUUCCACCCAGCUGUGCCCAGCAGAUCUGCCCAGUGUUCCUGACUGCUCCCUUACUCUUGGAGGGCUAGGUUUUACUUUAUGUCACCUGACUCUAAUGUAUGUUCUCUGAGCCCCAAAUUCCUUUAAGCUGUAAGUGAUUUUGGCUGUUGGUGGGGUGAAAGUCCAGGAGAAAUGGGUGUUCUGUGGGCUUGAGGUACUUCCUAUUUGCCAAAACACCAGUUUUGCUGUCGCUGGCACCAAACACUGUUGCUGACAUCACCAUGGGCUUGUCCAUACUGUAACUCUUGGUGGCUUUUCAGUCAUUGUCUUCCAUCUCAGACAAGGAUCACUACCCCUAACAGCAUUUUGUUCCCAGUAAAGACCAUAUUGCUCUAGGGGGUGUUCUUCUUCCUCAAUUUGCUUUCCUCAAGACAAGGCCAUGUCUAUAGUGGUGGGAGGGGGGAGAGCCUGAAAUAUUCAUUCUGCUGGUCCUGGUGUUUUGUAUCAUCUUGCGUUGUCCCUUGCUGCACACACAGGGUUUAAAGCCCUGGUACCACCCAGGCUUGCUGCUGCCCUGGGCCUCUUGUGGCCAGGUGGGCUGGAACACUUUUGCUGGCUGAACCUGUGCCACUGAGCACAUAGGUAAAACCACUGGCAUGGUAAUAUGCUGGGUGCUGGCACUGCAGGGCACAGGCUAACCUGCCAGUUUAGCACAUUUUGGCCCCCACUGGGGAGCCUGCGUUCAUGGAGAAAUUCCUUACCAUGCAAAGCGUUCAUUCACAGCCCAGCCUGCUUUCCAGCUCACAUUCACUGAUCUUGCUACAGACAAUUUGGGAAGGACAUUUCCCCUGCCUCAUGCAGCUCUUAUGCUUGGUUUUACACUUGAGACUGAAGCUGACAAUCUGACAGACUUGGACUUUUGUCCAGGAAGAAAAAGCAUCAGGGAGACAUGGGAUGUUCCUGCCCCAGGGAACACAGUAGAAGCAGAGCUUGUGUGUCUGGAGUCCUGGGCCUUCAAUUUACUCAGCUGCCUCCCACAGAUCCUGAUCCUCACAGGUGACAGAGGGCAGAUAACCUAAUAAAGCAAAUGCUCAAACCAGCACUCAUUUUACUUAUGAAGGAAGCUUUUCACCUUGAUUUCCAACUUGAAACAAAUAUAAGUGGCUCUUCCAGGAAGAUUAUCUGCUAUAAACAAACAACAAAACUGAAGGUGAUUUAGAGGGCACAUGCGCAACUUGAGUCUAGAUAUUAUUUUGCUGACUGUAGAGUGGCUGCCACAUCAUAGGAGAUGCUCCCCUUCACUCAUAAAGUUCCAGGUUUGACACUUUAUUUUUGUAGAGCAAUUUCUGGAAAACAAUCUUGGCACUGGCUGCAACUAAAUGGGAAGGAAGGGGUAGCCAUUCAACAGGAAAAGAAAUUUGGGGGCUUGGGAAUCCCCCAGGUCUUAAGCAUACAGAAAAUAUGCUCUGGGGCUUUGAGAAGGCAGUGGUCUUUUGAGGUGAGCGAGCACACAUCUUGCAUGCUUCAGUAUUUGGCCCAGAUGGAGUUUUCAGAUCUCACCCAAAUGAGACAAGUGAAACAAAUAUCCCUCUUUGUUCUCUGCUGCACCGGUGCUGGCAAGACAUGAACUAGCAGCAGUAUAAGCACAGAACCCAUGUUCCACCAGCCAAAGCGAGGACUAGCAGGUGGACAGGCAGGACCACUGAGCUUUGUUUACAAUACUGUCUUUUGCAGCCUGGUGUGAGAGUAUUAGGUGAAAUGCCAGUUUCCGGGUUUAGGCGAAAGUCUUUUGAUCUUGCCCUUAUUUGGCUUGUCAUUCACAUUGGAGUCUUGUUCAAGGAGUUGCUGCUUCCCUGCUCAGUACUGUCUGAAGCCUAAGGCCUAACAGCUCUCCUAUCCUUUCUGGAUGGGGGCUGGUUUGGUCUCCCAGCCUCACAAUUGAGCCAACGUGCAAUACCCGCAGCUGAAAAGCAUGCAGUAUUCCCCAUGCCCUGUGCUUAUAUUUUCUCUGAAGAGCUGUUUCUCAUUUUCAGUCAAUUUUUAGCAGAGUAAAUAUUACUAACUUAUAUUUUCCCUUUAUGAAGGAUAGAAGUUAUUUUUAUGUAGUUUCCAAACUUUAUAUGAAACUUUUGUAAAAUGUUCUUUGCAAAGUUAACUUACAAUAAUGUAAAUAUGCUUCUAAUAAAAUAACAUGGUGAGAAAGUCUACUUGCAUUUGGGGCUGUUCUCUUGGGGUGGGAAAAGCAGGCAGACUUAUCCACAUUUGCUGGCAGGAAAGGGUUCACUAUCUUCUGAGCUCAGACUCUGAGGUUUCUUGGAGAGAGAGCGUGUGCGUGUGCAUGUUCUUUAUAGACAUUUAAUAAUCAUUCUCGUUUACAAUAAGCACUUGAGCUCCAUGUGUUUUCACAUGUUAAGUCACUGAAUCAUUUCAACAAGAUAACAUUGUCAUUCCCAUUUCAUAGAUGAGAAAACCUCACCAUACUCUUAAGUGACACCUAUGGAUUCAAACUUUGACCUUUGAGCACUACCGUCUCCUCCACAGCACCUCUCCAGCCCCCAACUGCCAUAAAAUCUCAGCCACAGCCCCACAGACAACCAGUAGCCGUCACAUAGUGUUUAAAACUAAUGCCCGCUGUUCCCCUCAGCAGUGUAUUUAAGUCAAUCUUUCUGUUCUGCUCCCCACUCUUUCUCUGGUGAAUCCACUCACCCUGCCCCUGCACACCUCUGGCCUACAUCCCAGCUUUUGUAUGCAUAAACUUGGCUGAAAUUUAGCAUUUCCUUUCUUUAUGGGUGAAGGCAACAGCCUCGUAACAGCAGAACCUGUGACUAUCUGCAGCAGAAAGCACAGAGAUCUCAUCUCACAUUAUAGCUGUUGCAGUUAUCUCAAAAUACCAUUUUUGUUCCUCACUUUGGAAUUUUAGUAGUUAUAACUAUCACUAGACCUUU